CGUGGUCCCGAGAACCGCGAGGAAAUUCCCUCCAUUGUUUCUCAUACUGAAGGAUUAUAUGUCUGACUGUGUGUUUAUGUUUAAGUGUGUGUAUCUCUGCGUGUGUGUCUAUGUGUGUGUUCAUGAGUAUGAGUGUGUGUGCGCAAGAGUGUGCAUCUGUGUGUAUGUGUGUGAUCAUGAGUGUGAGUGAGUUUGCGAGUGUGUUUUGUUCCUAUCUCCCCGGACAGUGAUUGUCACACGGUUCGUGAACAUCAAUAAUGCCUCUCCCAGUGAAGGGGGAGGGGGAGGGUAUAUAUUUGCAUGAGCAGGGGUCCGUGUUUCAAUGACCAAACCACAUUGUGUCCAAACAAUCGAGGCAAGCGUGGAGCUCCGAGUUAGAAAAAUGAAAUGGUGGGCAGGGAGAGAGACUGCAGCACAGGAGCUGCACGGAAGUUCUGGACUGGUUUCUGAGGCAGAUGAGAGUGAAGUUGCGGGAAGAUCGGAAAGUGAUGUAACUGCACUGAGCUGCACAUCCCAAUGAGCGUGUUCCCCUCCCCGAGUACGUGGCAGUCGCGGUCCCAAUCCUGAACAAAUCACUGCAGCUCUCUGAGUAUCACAGAACUGGAGAGAGAGAGAGAGAAAUCAAACUCAAACAGCAAUUUCGUGGAGCUGAAGAAAGCAGCAAUUUGGCGAGAGGUGAACCUCUUGUUGAGUGCAGCCUGACAGCGAGUGCAUUCCAGGGCAGCAGCGACUCUCAGACAUUGAAAAAGCAGCUUAUUCUCCUGGAAACCGGGCACUUUCUGCUUCAUGACAGACAUGACUUCUGUAAAGCAAAGGAAUAAAAGCCACCCCGAUCGGGGGUCUCACUCCAACCAGGACGACGUGGCGAAAAGAGGCUCGAAAGGAAGUAAAGGGGGGCCAGACUCCGGCUCGAACAUCUGCAAGGUGCUCAGCGGCUUCUUCAUGUUCGCUGUGGCUGCCGCCGCCGCCUCACUGAGCGCCUGGUACCUGCACAGCCUCUCCCAGCAGAUCAGCCACCUUCACCGAAGGAGCGAAGAAACAUCCCGAGAAAGUGGCGGCCUGGCGACCAAGUUGGAGACCGUUUUGCAACAGGUGGAAUCUACAAAAAUCUUGAUGAACAGACUGGACUCAGUUGUGCGCCAUACCCAACAGGAGUUGCAAGAAACUAACAAAGCAGUCAACAAGGGUGAAAGCAAGACAAAUCAGAUUACUGAAACUCUGCAAAAGCUGCAGAAUGAAAUCCUUCGAGACCUUUCUGAUGGGAUCCAAGAUGUAAAAGAUGCAAGAGAGAGAGAUGUUACAUCUCUUGAAAAAACUGUAGAGGAAAAAUUAACAGAAUUAACAAAAUCAAUCCACGAUAACAUUGUUGCUUUUACAGAAGUACAGGAGAAGAACCAGAAUGACAUUGAUGAAAUGAAGUCAAAGAUCGGUUUAUUGGAAACAACAGUUGAGACAAAAGGUCAAGAAAUUAUGGUGUUAGUUGAUAAACAUGAUCAGUUGAAAAGUGCCUUACAUUCACAGCUUACAGCACAGGAAGCAUUAAAGCAAUCAGUCUCUAAUGCUGAAAUAUCCCUUAAUGCUGUGUCUGAAGAUGUUAACAAUUGUCGUCAAGAUUUACAGGAAACUAAGAACAGCUUAAAUGACCAAGAAAAGGUAUUGCUGUCAAAAGCAAUUGAUGCUUCAGCACGUGUUGAAAAACAAAAUGGGAUAUUUGAAUCCCGAUUAUCCAUGGCAGAAGAAAACAUUAUUGCUUUGAAUACAGCUGCAACACACUUAUCUGAAAAGUUAGAAUUCUACAAUCUAGAUUCUGUGCUGGAUACAAUGAGAGGUGUGUCUGAGUCUCAGGCAUCACUGAGCAAUGACAUUCAAACAUUAAAAGCAAACCUGAAAGACCUGCAAAACCCAGCCACAGAGGAAGUACUCAAUACUGUACAGAAUGAAAUGCAAGCUCUAGAAGCACGGCAGAAGGAACACAUUAUGGAAGUACAAUCAGACAACAAAGAGAACCUCAAACAUUUGGCAGAGAGUGUCACUGAAAUAGGUGAAAAAAGUCAACAUAUUGCAGCUGCAUUAAAAUCCAUGGAAGAGACUAUAAGGUCUGAGAUUGAUGAAAAAUUGUCAACGAUGGAAAACUCUAUGGAUGAACUGAAGUCUUCAAUCAGUGAGGCUAAAACUGAUCUGGAAGUAUUAGGGUCAACUGUGGACAGCCUACUCUCCAAAUCUGAGGACACUGAGACAGCAGAGGAUGAACUGGCAUCCCUAAAGCUGUCACUAAAUGAGUUGCAAUCUGAUGUUGAUAAAUUAUCAGUGUCUUUAAAUAGAAUGCAAUAAGGUAUUAAGUACACGUAAUUGGGUGAAUUUUCAAAACAAUUUACAUAUUCUUUUGAAUCACUUGGAAAUAUAGAGCAUAAUUGAGAUUGUUUUAAUGAGUUUUUAUAACAGAAUACGACAUUGUAAUGUAUGGUCGAACUUUGCAGUUAAAGAAAUAAAAGUUCUAAAAAUAA